UCGAUAUUGCAUCCAGGUUACACGUUUUAGUUGCGUCCGCGAGAAAGAUCGAAAAAGUGACACAACCUUGGAAUCAAGCGGACGGAGCCAAUAUUUGAAAAUUUAUAGAAAACAUAGGCAUUAACCCAUUUACUGCGGUUUCUCGAUAUUACGCGAACUCUCACCAAUGACUUCCAAAUCGCCUUCUGGCUUUUUAUCUGCUGUAUCAAAAUGUACUUCAAGAUAACGGGACGGGUGGACUUCUUGUACUGAGUCCGUCAUUUAAAAACCCUCGGAGCGUUUUCAUUGGUCAGCUUUGAAUUGGCUUCCAUCCACUUCCGCGAGGUCACUGACCAACUAAAGAACACCAAAUAUAAUUUCGAAAGUUUGAUUUAUUGACGGAAGCCAGGUAGCAAUCGCAACAAGAUUGAUUCUACGUUUACAAGUUGUGCAGCCCUUAAGCUUAUAUCGGAUAUCGCCCGCGGCAUUUACUAGAGAAAUUACAAUAAAGAGUUAUAAGGGGCUUCAAGGGUUGUGGGACAAUUUUACUCGGCUAAGUAUCUCGAGACAUUUAAGAUGAAGCUGUCAGUUAAUUACGCCAGAUCCAACCAUCGGUCAGUUUAGCUAAAAGCCGAUUGGCAAAACAAAUAAUAAAAAUUGACAAAUGUGUGUAUUUGAAAAUCUUGUUUGUAUUUCGUUGUUAUGAAUAAAUUACUAUUUGCCUUAUCUCGCAAAGGAAUGGCAAAAGGAUAUAAAACAGACUGAAAGACUUCUAUAUUCGCUUUGUUGAGCUUACUGUUAAUCUUGUAAUCAUGGGUUAUAUGUGAUCAAAUAAACUUGUAGCAGCGGAUGUCAAUGAACUGUUAAUUGUUUCCCAUGGUAUGGGAGGUAGACUCCUUUAAUGGGUUUUCGCACGUCUCUAUUUCCUACUUGACUUUAGAGAGCUUAGAGACUAAAGCAACAGCUGCCGUCGCUGUGUCCCUCUCCCAGGGGGGAUAUAAAUGGAAAUAAAAACAUGAGAAGUGAGUAGAAAAAAAAAGAAAUACCGCAAAACAACUAACCGCUUGAAGACUAAUGUCAUUCUAAUAGCUCAUGAGGGGCGCCUCCGGGGCUACCACAAGAGAACGUCGAUAAAUCCAUCAAGAAUCGAGAGUUCAAAACUGACAUAUUAGACUGUUGAUUACACUGUAUCUGCCUUUAUAAACCGACAGGCCAGGGGGAUAUGAGGUAGGACAUGCAAAAAAUUGCUAAAUUGUCGUCCUUUGGGUGGCCCGAUAGCAUAUGAAAAUCUACGUAUUUGAUUUUACAUUUGAGGAGAUCACCGUCGCUCGUCUUUAAAGUUACCUGAUCCUAACCUAUAACAGAAAUCUCCGUCCUAAAUAGCAUAUUAUGGAAAACUUCCUUCCCCGUCUUUAAGGAUUCUGUAAAUCACAGAAAUCUUCGUCGCUUUUGUCUUCAUGGUGACCCGUCGUCUUUAUGGUGACCUGGUGUGAUUAUUAUGGAAAUCUCCGUCUUUUUGUAAGCUCUGUAACUGAAACCUCAGUCUGUCUGUUGUUUGGAAAGUGUAAUAUGGAAAUCGCCGUCCGACGUAACGUCACGAAUUGUACGAAGUGCUCGAGGGAGGAUUCGUCCACCGACUUAGUGUACACGGAAGGCGCGUCCUAUGCCCAAGCCAUCUCACUGAUUAUCAUGGUGAUAUGUGGGUCUUUAGGGAACGGAUUCGUGAGUUACACCAUACAGCACAGCAAAGCAUUGCAGAAUACCACUUUUGCAUUCAUUUUAAGCCUUGCUGUCGCCAAUUUGGGCGCAUUACUACUUUGCGCACCGUUCCCAAUCAUAACUAGCAUCGCAAGGCGGUAUAUCCUCGGCCGUGCACUGUGUCACGCCAAUGGAUUUCUGAAUAACCUGUUUUUCUGCGCCUCGAUUUUCACUCUUGCGCUUAUUGCCUUACAUAAGUACUCGAGUGUUGUUCGCCCACUGAACCUGGCAUUCCUCCUGACAGCGAGGCGCGCUAAGUCAUGUCUGGUCGCCGUUUGGGCUGCGUGCGCCUCCAUGUCUUUACUAGCGCUUGGUCCUUUUAGUGGUUGGAAAUAUAUCGUGUUCAACCCCACGACUGUGCAUUGCGGUAUAGCCUUUCCGCACACGGUGACCGAGAGGAUUCGAAUGGCAGGCCUUUCGGCGGUCGCAUUUAUCAUCCCAUUAGGUCUUAUGAUAUAUGCAUAUUUACGAAUCUAUUUCAAAGUCAGUGCGCACGAGAGAAGGCUGACUCACACACGGCCUAACGUAAGCCAACUCAAGCGAAAGCUCACGGUCACCCUGUGCCUCAUGUUCGGUACGUUCGUUGCGUGCUGGACACCGUUUUUUGUGCUUUUUGCGGUUGCCUUGUGCGUGAGCGACGCCUCUGACUUGCCGCCUAGUCUCGGGCGGGUCGCAUACUGGUGUGGUUAUCUCAACUGUUGUCUGAACCCGGCUUUGUACUGCUUUAGAACCACUGCCUUCAAAGAAAUCCGCGCGCGUUCAUGCUCGUCUCAGGCCACCACCCACCGUACCGAGUGUAUUCCCCGCUCCAUGAGGGCCUUCUCCCUCCCUAUCACGACCAAUCGCAGGCCGUCUUGUUUUGCGCUCACGAGGCCUAGAACCAGAUCGUCUCUUUCUCCGCGUGCGUCAUGCAAAGGGGCCCAGCCUGAACGGUCCUAUUCGUGCACAGGAAGCCCACGAACACUGGGUUGUAAGUACACAUGGACCUCACGCGGUCGAAGGGGAUACUCAAGCACAGGGAACCCACGCAAUCGGGCGUGCUCGCUGUCUGAAGUACGUUGUGCAGCCAAGAUGAGGUCUGAAGACACAUGUGCCGAGAUGAGCAUCAUUCAAAUCAGUUCACACAAACCGCGUGAUUAGAGGACAUGGCAUGACUAGAUCACAUCACAUGCUUAGAUCAUGUGACACCACAUGCUUAGAUCACGAGACCACA